AUGAACGACCUUGACUUCAAACGAGACAAAGAUAUUGCAAAAGAUUUUCUACUCAACUUUGCAGAUCUGAAUGGCGAAGCUAAAUAUAUGAAAGUUCUCCAAGAUGUUGCAAAUCGCUCAACUAAGGCCAUCCAGAUCGAGCUUGAAGAUUUAAUUGAUUAUAAGGACUCGGAUGAAGAAUUUUUGAGGCGGGUCACUGAAAAUACGCGAAGAUAUGUUGGAAUAUUUGCAAAUGCCGUCGAUGAGCUACUGCCUGAGCCUACAGAGGUUCUUCCAGACGAUGACCAUGAUAUUCUGAUGACCCAGAGGUCGGAGGAAGGAACUGAGAAUGCGGACGGUUCUGAUCCCCGACAGCAGAUGCCUCCUGAAAUAAGGCGAUUUUUUGAGGUCUAUAUACGAGCAUCUUCAAAAGGGAGACCUUUCACAAUUAGGGAGGUCAAAGCUUCGAAUAUUGGUCAACUUGUCAGGAUAUCCGGCAUUGUGACUCGUUGUUCAGAUGUCAAACCAUUAAUGCAAGUUGCUGUAUACACAUGUGAAGAGUGCGGAUUUGAAAUCUACCAGGAGGUUACUGCUCGGGUAUUUAUGCCUCUAUUUGUGUGCCCAUCCAAACGCUGCAGUACAAAUCAAACAAAAGGAAACCUCAUUCUCCAACUCAGAGCAUCAAAAUUUUUGAAGUUCCAGGAGGCCAAAAUUCAAGAGCUAGCUGAACAUGUUCCGAAAGGUCACAUUCCUCGAUCAAUGACGGUUCAUUUUAGGGGAGAACUCACCAGAAAGGUAGCUCCUGGCGAUGUUGUUGAACUGUCAGGCAUAUUUCUUCCAAUUCCAUACACCGGAUUUAGAGCAAUGCGAGCUGGCUUAAUUGCUGAUACAUACUUGGAGGCCAUGUCUAUCAACCAUUUCAAGAAAAAAUAUGAAGAGUAUGAAUUUAGAGGAGACGAGGAAGAACAAAUUGCACGCUUAGCCGAGGAUGGUAAUAUUUACAAUAAACUGGCAAGGUCAUUAGCCCCUGAAAUUUAUGGGCAUGAAGAUAUUAAAAAAGCCCUUCUUCUUCUCUUAGUUGGUGCUCCUCAUAGAAAGUUAAAGGAUGGGAUGAAGAUUAGAGGAGAUCUCCACAUCUGUUUGAUGGGUGAUCCCGGGGUAGCAAAAAGUCAGCUUCUCAAGCACAUAAUUAAUGUUGCACCUAGAGGUGUGUAUACCACUGGUAAAGGAAGUAGUGGAGUUGGUCUAACUGCUGCUGUUCAGAAGGAUCCAGUGACAAAUGAAAUGGUCUUAGAAGGCGGAGCAUUGGUACUAGCAGAUAUGGGUAUAUGUGCCAUUGAUGAGUUUGACAAGAUGGAUGAAUUAGAUCGUACAGCAAUACAUGAAGUAAUGGAGCAGCAGACUGUUAGCAUCGCGAAGGCUGGGAUCACUACAUCUUUGAAUGCACGGACGGCUGUCCUUGCUGCUGCCAAUCCAGCUUGGGGAAGAUACGACCUAAGGAGGACCCCGGCUGAAAAUAUCAAUCUUCCUCCAGCUCUUCUAUCAAGAUUCGAUCUUCUGUGGUUGAUCCUAGAUCGAGCAGAUAUGGAUACUGAUCUUGAAAUGGCUAGGCAUGUUGUCUAUGUCCACCAGAAUAAAGAGUCCCCGGCUCUUGGGUUCACUCCACUUGAACCUUCUAUCCUAAGGGCAUAUAUCUCAGCUGCAAGAAAACUGUCUCCUUCAGUCCCAAAGGAGCUGGAGGAAUAUAUAGCCAGUGCAUAUUCCAGCAUCAGACAAGAAGAAGCGAGAUCGAAUACCCCUCAUUCUUAUACAACCGUUAGAACUCUACUCAGCAUUCUUAGGAUAUCAGCUGCUCUUGCUAGACUCCGGUUCUCUGAUACCGUUGCUCAGAGUGAUGUCGAUGAGGCACUUAGAUUAAUGCAAAUGUCAAAAUUCUCUUUGUAUUCCGAUGACCGCCAGAGAUCUGGUUUGGAUGCAAUUUCUGAUAUUUAUUCAAUCUUACGCGAUGAAGCUGCAAGGACUAACAAGAUGGAUCUGAGCUAUGCUCAUGCACUUAACUGGAUUUCGAGAAAGGGAUACAGCGAAGCCCAGUUGAAAGAAUGUCUAGAGGAAUAUGCAGCCUUGAAUGUGUGGCAGAUCCAUCCAAACACUUUCGACAUCCGUUUCAUUGAUGCUUGA